ACGGGCUCAGGCUCUGGGACAGAGCUGUGACCAUGGCCGGGCUGGUGCUGUCUCCGGUGCCUGGCAACUGGCUGGUGGUGCUGCUGCUGCUUCUCUCAGCCAGUGAGCCCAUGCCAGCAGUGAAAGCAAAGGACUCGCACCAGAAUCUCCAAGGAAGUUCUUGUGCCCGGAUAUGGCAUCAUCCACGCUUCAUGGCCAAGAAACGGGGCUCUGUGGUGAGGAUGCACUGCUACAUACACAACACCAGCGUCCCCAGCAGUGUGACCUGGUUCCGGAAGCAAAUUAAGGACCAGGACCCUCAGGAGCUGCCCCCAGAACCGGGCCACAUCCUGCAGUUCCAGAAUGGCUCUGUCCACACCCUCACCAUCCAAGGCGCCCAGUUCGAGGACAACGGCAUCUACUUCUGCCAGCAGAACGGCACCACCAAGCCUGUGUUUUGUGGCUGUGGCACGGAGCUGCGAGUCAUGGGGUUCAGCACCUUGGCACAGUUGAAAAGGCGGAACACACUGAAGGAUGGCAUCAUCAUGAUCCAGACCCUCCUCAUCAUCCUCUUCGUCAUCGUGCCCAUCUUCCUGUUGCUGGACAAGGAUGACAGCAAGGCAGGAAUGGAGGAGGACCACACCUAUGAGGGCCUGGACAUAGACCAGACAGCCACCUACGAGGACAUAGUGACUCUGCGGACAGGGGAGGUAAAGUGGUCUGUGGGGGAGCACCCAGGCCAGGAGUGA